GGUGGAGGGUUCUAGAAGGCGUGACGUGGGGUCGAGAGCGGGCUCGGAGGCGGGUGCCUGUCGGCAGUCGCUGUGGCCACAGCUGCUGGGCCUGGGGACGCGGGCGGCCGGGGCCGCGGGCGCAGUCUCCUCGUUUCCCCGGCCAUGGCCGCACUCGGCCGGCCCUUCAGCGGCCUCCCCCUGAGUGGCAGCUCGGACUUCCUGCAGCCGCCGCCGGCUUUCUCGGGCCGGGCCUUCCCGCCGGGGGCGGACGGCGCCGAGCUGGUGCCGCGGCCGGGACCCCGCGCCGCCCCGAGCAGCCCCGGCGGGGGCACGGCGCGCGGACGUGUUUCGGGUCGCUGCAAAAAGAAACACAAGCGAGAGCAGGAGGAAGACGAUGAUUGUCCAGUGAGAAAGAAAAGGCUAACUGAAGCAGGGCUCUGUGCUGGUCCUAAUGACUGGAUUCUUUGUGCGCAUCAGGACAUAGAGGGCCAAGGAGUAGAUCCGUGCACUGGUGGCCUUUCUGCGCCUGGCAUGUUAGAUGCUAUUUGUGAAGAAAUGGAUCAGACAACCGGAGAACCACAGUGUGAAGUUGCCCGAAGGAGGCUUCAGGAAAUUGAGGACAGGAUAAUUGACGAAGAUGAAGAAGUUGAAGCUGACAGAAAUAUUAACCAUCUCCCCAGUCUUGUCCUUUCUGAUACCAUGAAAACAGGUUUGAAGAGGGAAUUUGAUGAAGUUUUUACAAAGAAAAUGAUUGAGUCCAUGAGCCGUCCUUCCAUGGAGCUUGUGCUCUGGAAACCUCUUCCUGAACUCCUUUCUGACAAGCCAAAGCCAUCCUCCAGUGCUAAGAACUACACAGGAGAGAGCCAGACUGAGCGUGCAGCUGCUGGCGCUGCCUUCCCUCAGAGAACUGAACUGUUCUUGGAACCUCGGCAAACAGGGAUGCCUGUUUACGAUAGUGUGGAGACAGCUGCUUGCACAGAAGAAGAAAUGGAACUCUAGAAACCAGUUUCUACACUAAAGUUGUCAGAUUUUAGAAGGCUCAUGUGUUUAGUCGUGAGCCUAUUUGUAUAAUAUAGGGACUUGAAAAUUUUAUGAAACGGGUGUAAUAAUAUCUCCACCUGUGAUUUGGGGUGGGACUCUCAUCUUGGGUAGCCAUUUCUUGAAUUCAGCUUUUUGCCAAGGAAGCUUGUCUCAACGGAAAAGCAGUUUUGUAGGGGGCUUGUUAAAGGAACGUGAGAUUACGGUCUGCAAAGGCAAGUCUAGAAGCUGUGUGUGUCAGGGUGGCUCAAGUCAUCUGUUACAUUGUCUAAACCAUUCAGACACUUGGGGAACAUUCAGACACUUGGGUUGAAAAAGAUGCAUUAGGGUGAAAGGUUGCUCCUCCGACGACUGUGCCCUGCCUCUUGAGUCACAGCUGCUUCUGUAGAUAGAAGCUCUGUUUACAGUGGUGACUAUGGUUGGGGAGAAGGAGGGAAGAAAGUGGUAGCUUGAGCCUAUUGCUAAGAAAUUUAACGGAGGUUCUGAAAUGUGUAUAUUAGUUGUCAGUUCAGGGUAGCUAUAUUGAUUAAAUAGCCAGUAGCAUUGUGACUCACUUCUUUGUCCCCAAAAAUGCAAUGAGACUACAGAGAAAAGGUUUUUCCUUCAAGGCUUUUUUGCCUUGUGCUACUGUUGCUCCUUGGUUUCCCUUGCGUAAUUGGUAAGCCCAGUUAUUUUUCAGUAACAUUUUUUAAUGUUAGUUUAGAAAACAAUGACUGAAUAAUUAACUGAGAAUAUAUGGGCAAAUGAUAUUGAGAUUUACUGAAAUGGCCAAUUUUCCUGGUGCUUCAACUUUUGUGCAGUAAGCCUAAAAGUUAGUAGCUGAGAAUAGCCUUUUGCUAGCAGGAAAUCUUUGUCUUGGUGACCUAAACCAGGCUCAAGAUGUCCUUUGGGGAUAACCAGGAUUGAACUUUUUAUUUCUCAGGAAGAGCUCUUCUGUGUGGCAAGGACUCAGUAGUGCAAAGUAAAAUGACAGUUCCUUUAGUGCUACAGAAUAUCCACUAUAACUAAUUAAAUGAGUGUAAUAGGGUAACACUGUUAAACACUCAUUCAUCACACAACAGGAGACCACCCUAGUUCUUCUUGUUUUGUUUUCUGAGUUUCUUUCCUCUUUGUAGGAAUACAAUAUCUUGUGUAGGAAAAAAUGGUUUAUGCCAAGUACAGGUGACUUUUUAGAAACCAGCUCCUAGGCAUUUUUGAAACCUGUGCUGAAAUCCCUCCUCUUGUUACAGAUGGCAUAGAAGUUACAAGUCUGUUAAUUGGACUGUUUCUUCUCUUGCCUGUUGUUCCUGCUUUCUCUAUUUCUGUCUGGAUAGUCAGGAAAUGAUUUAAUGUUUAAUAUUUAAACAAAAUAUUUAAUGUCUACACAGUAAAAUUAUUCGAACUUCAAACCAGUAUUGAAACCAGUUGGAAACCAGCUAAUAGUUUCUUAAUCUCAGAUUUAGAGAUGAAUGUAAACUGUCUUCUGUUGAAGUGUGCAAGUGUUUGAUUCAUGCCGUUUGAAAAACUCCUGCCUUUAGGUUAUUGUUUAAUGGGACCAACUUGUAAAGUUUCUAGCCUUAAAGAAAUCUCCAUGCUGAAAAAUUUAUUCUGGUACAACUCAAAAACAUGAAGUGACUGCCCGGAAUUUGGAGUUAGUCCCAGUGUUAGGGCAGAAGGGGAGGUGACAGCUUUCCAAAGAAGGACCCAAGCACACUGAUUGUCUUCUAUAGUAAUUGUGGAGCAGGCCUCUGAUCAAAGGUCUGUACGAUGAGGAGGAGGAAAGAAGAGCCCCCAAACAAGGCUCUGAUACCGCUGGUAAAUAUGGGAAAGAAUCAAGAUUCCGGCCAGUAAAAUCCAAACAGACUUGUUUCAGGAGUCAAAUUAUCUGACAUAAUUAUUUCUGCAGGAAAAUAGAUGUCUAAUGCUCCUUUUUAAACUUUAUCUUCUUGCAUCUGUUUGUACAAAAAUUGUCUUCAUCCUUGUGGUGCUUAAUCAUCUGAGCCUUCUCCACAGUCCCCAGGCCUUGGCUUUGUGUUUCUUUUGUAGCGUAAGGCUUUUGCUUUUGCCUUAAGGUUUCCCUCGGGAAUUAACAGGUCUUUUCAUUUUGUACAGCUUUUACAGCAUGGAUCAAACAUUGGCUUAGUAUGCUAAUGUGUGAAGAGAAAAAAUUAUCUAAAGCAGGUGAGCUUUAAUGAACAAAUGUAUAUUUUCUCUGAGUUUGAGUAGGGUGUGUGUGGUUUUUUUUCAUUAAUAUGAAGAAAGUAAGUCCGGUUCUCACAAAUAUUAAUCAGUCAACAAAAAAAAAAAAACAGCUGCUACUCAUUCUUGAAAAGGUGCAAAUAUAAAAUUUAGAAAAAUAACUAGUGCGGGAGCUAGAACCAUGAAUGAUUGUUUAUCAGCAGCUUCAUUAAUUAUUUUGGAUCUGGAACUUGGUUUUGUUUUUCUAAUAGUGACAAGAAGGGUGCAGUACUAGGAAAGUUUUGGAAGAUGUCAAUUUUAUUUUACAAUGAGAAUCCGGUGUUUCUGUAUUUUAUUGUUUUCAAUAAAACUUGUGUUUUGGACUUUUUGAUAGAUUUGUAUCCCUGCACUUAAGUAAAUGAAAUCAACUACU